AUGUUUGACCGCAUCAAAUCAUUCAGAUGCAAGCUGACUUUGUGGGCCACUCAGCUGGCAGAUGGAAACCUGGCUCAUUUCUCUUUUCUACAGAGCAUAACGGUUGAACCACAGCGCCUGAAAGACUACGUAGACAUCCUCUCCAGACUACUGGAAGAUUUUGAACACGGUUGUCAGCAACUCACUUCUCUCCAACCACAGUUUGUCCUUGUUGCCACUCCGUUCGCAGUUGAUGUGAAAAACGUUCCGGAGGAAGUCCAGAUGGAACUACUGGACCUGCAGUGUGACACUGUUCUGAAGCAAAAAUACGUUGAUGUUGGAGUUCCAGAUUUCUACCAGUUUCUUCCUAGAGAGAAUUUUCCAAACUUAUUCUGCACAGCUGCUAGAAUUCUAGCGAUGUUUGGGAGUACGUACGUUUACGAACAGUUUUUCUGCAGAAUGAAGAUCAACAAAACAGCAUUACGAUCAAGACUGACUGAUGAGCAUCUGAGAGCAACCUUGCGGCUUGCCACUACACGCGACUUCAGGCCUGACUUCAGGUCUGGUCUCUGCCAAACGAUCUCAGCUGAGUGGACAGAAACAUGA